AUGUUCAGUGACAAGUUUUCAAUUUUUAUUAUAUUUUUUGGAUUUUUCUCCAGUAUUUUGGCAGGAAAUAAUGCAGAAGCUUCAGGAAUUGUUAAUCUAAGUGGAAAAGAUUUUGGAAAUUUUGAUGUACUAAAUGUUAAAAUUAAUAAUCAAAAUGGUGAAUCUGAAAGCAAAAAAAUUAUUGUUAAUAUUGAUAAUUUAAAUUUGACUGUUGAUUCUACAAAAGGAGGAAUUUGGGUUUAUUUAAAAAGCCAAACUAAUUAUGAUAAUAAGUAUUAUAAGAUUCCAAAAGUCUCAGUGGACCCAUCAUCAGAAAAAGUCUAUAAUCUGGACACAAAAUCUCUUUCUUCUUUCAAUAUUCUUAACAUAACCUUAUCCCCUGACGUAACAAGUCCUGAAAGCAAAAAGAAGAUCAACGUGAUAAUCAACGACAUGGUCGUAGUCCUCGACACCAGGAAUUAUAUAGCUUUGUCUAUGAAAAGCACUAAAGACAUUAAUAAUAACUACAACAACAUGAUCAUCAACGGCAAUGGGAUCUUUAUCGGCUCCAAUAAUAAUAACAACAAUGGGAUUUUCUUCAGUACUAGUAACAUUAAUAACAUUAACACCCACUUCCACUGGGAUGGCACUUCAUUUUCUAAUUUUAACAGCGAAGGUGACAAUUUUGAUAAAGAAGAAUUUGAAGAUGACAUGAACGAGAUGCAAGAAGAUAUGAAAACAAUGGGGGAGGAUAUGAGGAGAGAUGCACUUUUUGAUAGAGAAGAAUUUCAAGAUGACAUGAACGAGAUGCAAGAAGACAUGAAAACAAUGCGGGAGGAUAUGAGGAGAGAUGCACUUUUUGAUAGAGAAGAAUUUCAAGAUGACAUGAACGAGAUGCAAGAAGAUUUAAAAGAAAUGAGGGAUAAUAUGCAGGGAGAUAAAAUUUUUAAUAGAAAAGCUUUUAAUAAAGACAUGAAUGAAAUGCGAGGGAGUAUGAAAAGCCAUCAAGAAGAAUUUAAUAAUAAUAUGGACCAAAUGAGGAAAAAUAUGAAGAAAAUGAGGGCUGUUGGAUCAGGAAACGUUGUCAAUGUAAAUAAUGGAAAAGAUUUUGGAAAUUUUGAUGUUCUGCAAAUGUUAAAGUUAACAAAGACGGUCAAACUGAAAAAAAAAAAAAAAAAAAUAGUAACUGUUAACAUUAAUAAUUUAAAUUUGACUGAUGUUGAUUCUACAAGAGAUAAUGGAGUUUGGGUUUAUUUGAAAAGCAAAAAUAACAAUGGAAACAAUAAUAGAAAUCCCAGUGAACCCAUCAUCAGAAAAAGUUCACACUCUGGACACAAAAAUCCUCUCUCUUCUUUCGACAUCCUCAAUAUAAACUCACCCCAAGACGUAACCAGCCGUGAAAGUAAAAAGAAAAUCAUCGUGAUGAUCAACGACGUAGUUGUGACCCUCGACACAAGAAAUUGCGCUGAUUCAGGAAAAGUUGUCAAUGUAAAUGGAAAAGAUUUUGAAAAUUUUGAUGUACUGGAUGUUAAAAUUAACAAAGACGAAACUGAUAGUAAGAAAAUAGUAAUUGUUAAAAUUGAUAAUUUAAAUUUAACUAUUGAUACAACUAGAGGAGGAGUUUGGGUUUAUUUAAAAAGCCUGAGUAAUAAUCAAAAUUACAAUUCGAUCCCGAGAAUUCAAGUAAGCGCUUCUGAAAAAGUUCACACUCUAGACACCAAAACGCUCUCGCCCUUCGACACCCUGGUCAUAACCUUGCCCACAGACGUGACCAGCCUCGAUAGCAAAAAGAAGAUCAACGUCUUCAUCAACGACAUAGUUGUGGUCCUCGACACCAGAAACUGGAUAUCUUUGUCCAUGCAAAACUCCAAGAACAUCUUUAAUAAUAACAAUAGUGUCUUUUAUAGCUACAACGACGGAAACAAUAUUGAUGUCGAGUACCACUGGGAUGGCGCUGGAGUCUCCUACUCCUACAGCGGAGGCAGUGGACAUUUUGACAAAGAAGCAUUUGACAGAGGAAUGAAACAGCUCGAAGAUUCUAUGAAGAAAAUGCAGGACAAUAUGCAGAAUAGUUUCCCCUGGAACUGGUCCUGGAAUUAA